UGUCAAAGAAUAUGACAUUUCCGGCUCAUUCAUAAAUAUCUUUAAUUAUUUGCCAUUUUCGGAAAUUUAUAUUCAGAUUCGAGAUAUAUGAAUUUCGUUAUUUUUUAUGAUAAACGACAAUAGUUUUAGAAGAUUACCUACUUAAUAGUCGACUUACCACAAAGUGCAAUACAGUAAGAUAUCAACGGUAAAACACAUCACAAUGACAUCGACAGUGAAUAAUGCACAGAAGAAAAGUAUGAACUCAAAUAAUACCACACCGGGUGGAGUACGUAAAAAGUCAGGACCUAAGUUUGAAUUGACUGAGGAACAGCGUCGUGAUAUAAAAGAAGCAUUUGACUUGUUUGAUACUGAAAACACAGGAAAAAUUGAUACGAAAGAAUUGAAAGUGGCUAUCAGAGCUCUUGGUUUUGAGCCAAAGAAAGAAGAAAUUAAAAAGAUGAUUGCAGAAAUAGAUAAGGGUGAUGGGAAAAUCGCAUUUGAAGAUUUUCUUGAUGUGAUGACUGUAAAAAUGGCUGAAAAAGAUACUAAGGAGGAAAUUAUGAAAGCUUUUAAGCUCUUUGAUGAUGAUGAAACUGGCAAGAUAUCCUUUAAGAACUUGAAGAGAGUUGCAAAGGAGCUUGGUGAGAAUUUGACAGAUGAAGAGCUCCAUGAGAUGAUUGAUGAAGCGGACAGAGACGGGGAUGGUGAAAUUAAUCAGGAAGAGUUUUUAAGAAUAAUGAAAAAAACUAGUUUGUAUUAAUAAUUGAAUUAUUUUUUCAUAGUUUUUAACACUAGUACAAAUAAGUAAAGCCUACUUGAUCUAUAGAUCAUAAAUCUCAAAUACAAAAAAAAUUGUGUAAAAUGUGUAGUUAAGGUUCUUUCUGUUUUAAAGUAUUACUGUAAUACAUCUUAAAGAUUGAGUAUUUUAUGCUGUGUUUUUUCUUCAAACAUGAACAAUGUUGUAUAUUUGUAGUUUGUAUUGCAGGGCAGGAGUCUAUUUGU